AUGGGGGUUAGCGACCUCCUCGCCGAAAUUGAAUCCGGAGGUUCGACCCGCUACCCCCGUGACGAGGAAGACCUCACUUACAAGAAGCCCGUCGCCAAUCUCGCUGCGAAGGAAAAGGCGGAGAAGUACAACCGCUACUACUAUGCCACAGGCCCAAUCAGCUGUGGUGGUCGUAGCAAACCCACCCCCGUCUACUACCCUCCCAACUGGGUGUACGCCCCCGGUGACACCCCGCGUCCCUCACUCGACAAGGAGACCAUUCUUUGGACGUCCUCCUCCUCAAGCAAUCAUGACCAAGAGAACGAUGUGAUCCCUCAGAUCGAUACGGUCAACGAGGCUGUCGCUGCCGUGGAGCCUACCACCAACAAGGCUGUCCACACCAAGGCCAAUGAGGCUGACGACCACAUCAAUUCCGACCAAGACGCCACUCCUCCAUUCGACGGGAUGGAUGUUGAUAGCCUCAUCGCUGAUACCAUCACCCCCUCAUCACGUCGUGCCAAGGCUCUGAAGAAGACCAGAGGUGCCGGCUCUUCCCCGAAGAUCCCCAGCAGCAGUUUGUUUCCUCCAAUCCUCUUCUUCUGA